UUUGGACGUACGGACAUACAGACACUGUUCAUUUCGUUCGUCUAUUUUGAAUUCUCCAUCAUGGCUGUAAACGUCGUCAGUAACAGUACAGACGUUACUUGGAGUCGACAUGAUUUGUUAAAUUGGCUCAAUGAAACUCUGGAAUGUAAUGUGUCGAAAAUUGAAGACUUAUGUACUGGUGCUGCCUAUGUCCAAUUGAUUCAUAUGCUAUUUAGUCAUCACCCUACACAUGCAAGACUCGUUUCGUUGAAGAAAGUAAAGUUUCAGACACGAGUUGAGAAUGAAUAUGUUCAAAAUUGGAAGGUCUUCCAAACUGCAUUACGUGAUUUGAAGGUUGACAAGGUGGUCGAGGUAGCCAAGAUAAUAAAAGGAAAAUUUCAAGAUAAUUUUGAAUUUCUUCAAUGGUUCAAGAAGUUCUAUGACGCCAAUGUAGAUGAAGAAUGUACGAUUGAUAAUUACCAUGCGUUGGAGGAGCGAGGUGGUGUGCAACUUAUUGGCCCCAGUGGGCCAGCAAAGCAGAAAAACCUUGGACCGAAACGACCAGCAGCAGGCAAAGUACAGACAACUAGACCAAUUGCAAGAACUUCCCCAAAGGCUGCCCCUGCUGAGAAGAAGACUGUACCGUCACGAGCACCGGUCCAACAAGUGAGGAGAGGCUCACAACAAUCGGCAGGAGACAGUGCAAAAGUAGAUGAAUUACAGACAGAGUUAACAGAAUUGCAGUUGACAGUGAGUGGUUUAGAGAAAGAGCGUGAUUUUUACUUCGGGAAAUUACGAGACAUUGAAGUAUUAUGUCAAGACGAUGGUACGGAACUUACGCAAAAAGUUCUAGCAAUCCUUUAUGCAACGGAGGAUGGUAACAACCCUGACGAGGAGGGUUUUGCGCCGCCGGAGGAUGAAGUCGAGGGAUUAGACGGUGAACAAGACGAAUAUUGAUGACUGCCUCGUCUCGGAUGCCUCCGUCUUAAGGAUGCUCCUCACGAUACCUACAACGUUAGGAAGGCAGUGACGAAAGACAUAAGAUUCAACGCUUCAUCUAUUCAGGAAUUUUAUGAUCGACAUGGACAGAUACUUCUGGUCUCAAAUAUCAUAAACAUAUACAUCUGUAAUGCAUGUGCUGUUCAUAUAUCACUAAAAUCAAGAAUGAAUCAGACUAACCUUUAUUUAUUCUUGCUGAAAUACAUGUAAAUUUGGGGUGACACUUUUCUCAAAAUCACUUCUCAACAACUGUUAAACAAGUUUUCAAUUUUUUAUAUUACUUGAUAUUUCCAAAAAUGUUUUUUCGAAUGGUACACUUGUUGAGAAAUUGUGAAGAAGUGAUUAUAUUUAUACAUUACCUUUGGAUAUAUGUAUGGCAUGUUUGGACUGAUCAGAGGAUGUCAUGACACUAGCUAAAAAUUUAGCUGCAGGAGAACUUUGGGGCAAUUUGAUGUGGGCGUUUCGGCAGAUGUGUUGAGGCUCACUAGAUCCUCCCUCAAAGAAUGUGAUUGAUACUCCGUUCAUAUGGCCAGUCACACUCGGUCGCUUGAUGUAAAUUAAACAUGUUUGCUUAAAUAGCGCUGUGAACAGCAGAUUGGGAAUUGCUCGUGUUAUCUUUUUCUAUCGAAUGUGUAAAGCUUGAAUUUCAAAUCAAAUCAAACUUUUUAUUUCACAUUGUCACGUUUUUGCAUUCAAAACGUUGGUGUUGCUGACAAAAAAGUGGCAUGGUUGUAAUUUUGUAUUAUCGUAUCAAUAGUUCUGUCUUUAGAGUAAAAAAAACCCUGUUCGGGACAACAUUUGUGUUGAAAAAUCAAUAGAUCCAAGCACUUCUCUACAAUGUGUGCAUGUGCUGAUAUCCUGUGGACUACUGUAAAUAACUUAAUAGCUUUGCUUUAUCUAGAACAUGAAUUCAUGAAUUUGAAAGGAAAUCAUUAAACUUAUAUCCUUUCAGCGAAUCUUUGGUACCCACACUGUUUGGGAUCAUAUCCUCAAGGUGACACCCUGCAGUAAAAAAACACUUAAGGAAAUCUAGGUAUAUAGUGUUUUGUGAUUGAAAGUUGACAAAAUUUUGGCAGAUUUGUCCCUGCCUGUUGUAAGACUUAUUUUGAGACCUUUCUUAUGAUACUUGGUGAGAUCUGUAUUUUGUUUAGCUUCUGUUCAAAAUCAUUCACCAUCAUUCUUCACUUCGUCCAUUACUCAAUUAAGUAUGCCGUGGCUUGAACUUUUCACAAUAUUUUAGUAUUUUAUUAGUUCUAGUUUAAAGGCCUACUGCAUUCAUGGUCAACUGAGAAAAAUUGGUAGUUCUUCGGUUCUUGCUAUGAAAAUCCUGCCCGUCACAGCGACAACUGCACCUCCAAUGAUAAGCUGAGUCUGGCAAAUUUUCAACCGGUGAAAUGUGUAAACUUACCUUACAGGCCUAAUUUCUGGGCCACAAUGCCUAAAUGAUGAUGGUGAUGAGUAUGUUCCCUUGCCAAUCUGUGUGCGUGUACACCUUAUGUAUCAACUUAAAAUGUAUACUAUAUGUAUUACUAUAUACAUUAACUUACAUGUGUGAGGUGCCUCGCUAUACAUUGUAGUAUACAAAUGCACACAAAUUGACUGUGGACGCUGCCUGGUGUUUAGAGAAUAACACUAAAUGUUGUCGCACCACAGUUAAACACAAAGUAAAGGUCUGUGAACGGACGAUUUAGGCCGACAAGCCAUCACUUCAUCAUAAAAAAACUACAACUUUUUCCUGAUUUUCUUCAAAAAGUUCAUGUUACCUCCAUACAUAAUUGAGCAGAGACAGUGCUUAAUUUUAAUGCCCUUAGAACGUUUGCUAGAACUGAAAAGUAAUCCAGCGGUUAUGAAAACUUCAGUUUAAAAGCAUUGAUAGGCAACUGAAGAAAAAAUGGCGGUUCAAAAGGCCCCAGUCUCAGUCUGUAUAUAGUGUUUUCAUAUUUUCUUGGAUAAAUUUCAAUUAAUUUUUGUAUCAUUUAAUGUUAGGAAAUGGUUUGUUAAUGUGUAAACUGGCUGGAACAAUGUACAUUUGCUGAAUUGGUAUUUUGGAGAACAUGCUAAUGUUUCCCUUGGUUAUGUGAACUUUAAUUUGACAGAAAAGAAUACCGCUGCAGGCUUCCAACACUUUGAGACUUAAUUUUCCACAUUGUGUUUCAAAAUGACAACAGGGUCUUUGUAAUGUCUUGUGAUUUUGGAGAGAAAAAAAAUCAGCCACCACAUUGGGAAGCAUUUAGACUUUCUGUUCUAACCAUACUGCCUUGUAACUCGAGAUUAAUUGAGGUUUAAUGAAUCUAACAGCGAUUUUAGAAUCUAGUGAGUAGUUAUAAAUUUCACCACCAUAUGUCGCAGUCGAGUUUUAAUACCGGUACUGUGAACUGCCAAAUUUCGUGCCUCUUAAUUUUUGCGAAAGUUUUUGGACGAAAUAAAACUUUCACAAUUUUUAUUUUGGCACAUUACGGAAUUUCUUUCAGUUUUUCCAUUCAAAAUGGAAUUUCACAAUUUUUAUUAAUUUUUUUAUUUGCGCAACCCGCUAAAAUAAUAUACCCACAAAAAUUCAUCAGUUCACAAUACAAAUCAUCAGACAGGCGGAAACAAAAAAUACCUUCCUUGUAUCAUGUUGUCAUUUUCCUGGUGAUGGGUCUCCCAUUCAUUGACAAUCUUUAUGAGGUCUUUCUUAUUGAGAUUUUUCUGCCGAUUUUGGUCUGCUGUUAAAUCUACUGCAAAAUCGUGCUCACUGUUUCUUGGAUUUUUGCAGUUUCUCAUUUUAUCCAAGAGAAAUAGUUUAGACAAAUUCAGUUGUAAAAUAGCAUACAUUUUAAAUAGGUUUUGUAAAACUUUCAUUUCAGUCAAAAACGCUAUUUUUGCUGUUAGUUUGUUUCUGUGGCAUAAUUUCAAUGAUCCAGUUGUGAUAACUUGCAUUUCUGUUGUUUCUUUUUUUGUCAUAAUUAGAGCUCUUUCUCAAAUGUUUUUGAAAGAAGACUUUGUUCUGAUGAUCAAACCCUAUAUAGAUGUAGAACAAUUUGAAAUACACUCUGAAUAAUAUCAUUAUAUUUGGUCAAAAACUGUGAUGAUAAUUUAGUAGUUGGCAAUUUCAUGAUCUUCUACCUGUACGUAUAAUAAAGAUUUCAGUGUCCUUUAAAAUUUGCCAAUUUGAGGAUUUGUAAUAGUUGGCACUCUCCGUUGCUCAAUUUCUGUAAGUGUUUUGCUUGUGUACCAGUAGGUUUUUCUGCAAAUCAGAAGAAAAAAUAUUUUGUGGGAAACUCGAAAUUUAUUUUCCAUUCAGGGAUUCCCAAAGGCAGAAAGUGGGGUCAGAUCCGGUGGUUUGUCCAAUCAAAAGUUUCAAAUUCAACGUCCCUGAAAAAUUAGCCAAUCUGUGGGGCUCUAUUGUGCAGUGCUUUCAGAAAUGGGUGCAUGGAAAGUUAAUUUCUUGGUCUUAUAUGAGUAACCAUGAUGAACAAAUACUUUGUUUGCUGUCGAAAUUUAAUGCAUUAUAGUUUAAAAUUGCAAUUUAAGUUUGCAUUUGACAGCGCAUUCGUAAGUUGUGAACAUAAAAUGCUACGGAAAACAGUGUUUGUAUCUCUUGCCAUUCGAAGGAACCUAAUAAAGCUAGGCACAUGAUGUGGUGACAAAUUAAGGUAUUGGCACUUAGCUGUUCAGAAAUGUCAGUGUUCUCCACAGGGUUUUCUCAAGGUAGGGUGAAACCCUUGAUUUGCAUGACGUUUUACCAGUGUGCAACACAAGGUAUGGUGGCCAGCAAUUUGAGGUAGGGUGGCCCUAUAGGAACCCUCAACAAAGUUCUAGAGCAAGGUAGGGUGGUAAGCUGCCAAGGUAGGGUGGGCCACCCUGACAAAUAGCCUUGUGGAGAACACUGAAUGUGUGUCUAUCUCAAACCCAGAGCUUACACAUACGUUACCCUGAGCAGUAGAGGAAUUGACCGGUCCGUUUCAUUCAGUUUGCAUACUGCCAGUGAAUCUUGUCAUUUGCCUUGUAUUGUAAAAACUUGUUUUCCUUAAAAUGAUCUGCAGUUCCUAUUUGACUGUCUUUAGACCAAUACCUAAAGAUGCGUUCAAGGAUUGUCAUAAGUUAACUACACCUCUGAUGGGAAAUCAGUAAUAAUCCGGAUCUUCAUUGGGCCAAAAUUAUUUCACCUUUCUGUAUUUCACAUACCAGGUACAGUAGAGCCUCUCUGUUAAGGAUAUCCUUGGGACUAUUACACUGUAAACUAUUUCCGUCUUGAUCAGGAAGGUGUCCUGAAUACUGCGGUCUGAUUGAAUUGGAAUGACCAUUUUUGCCAAAAACCUCUGUCCCAUGUAAAGAGUGUGGCCUUCCAACAGAGAUGAUUCUACUUGACCUUCUACACCAGUGAAACCAGUGUAGCCAUUGAUACCAUAACUCAUUUAUAUGUGUAAACUGUCUUAUCAUCUACUCACAUUAGUUGUUAUAUUGGUGGAAUGUUUGGAACAUAAAAAUGGCAAACCUUUUUCUCAAAAUCAUUCAGAAAGUUUAGUCUUCCAUUGAUCAGUACAAUGUACAGAAUUUCUGUCAUCAAUUUUCUGUUCUUUGAUCUUGAAAGGUUCACUGCGAAGUGUUUCUCUCAUCGACCCCACCCAAAGACAAUGCAUCAAUCAUUUGGAUAUCUGUUUUAAUACAUUCAGAAUAGAUGAACAUUUCUAUUCAUGCACUCGUCUUUGCCAUCGACUGAAUUAUCUGAAAUAAACAAAGUCUUUCUUACAGUGGCUCUGCACCUAAACUGGUUGCCUGUGACAACACUCAAAAACUGCCGGUUCUUUUCGAUUUGUCCAAAAACACUAGAUGACAAUACAUUGAUUUAUACCAUCCAAUUAAUUCUGCAUAGAAUACACUGUAGUAUCAGUUUUACAAGGAAGGCCUCCCAACUUACCGUGUUGGUCUGCCCAAGACUACUAUGGGGAAAGGAGAUUGUUUUUCAAGAAUGUUGGGAAAAAUGGUAAAAACGGAUAAAUCUUGUUUUGCAAUGUAACUUUAUUUACUCCUUAAUGUAAAUAGUCACUUGUCCAUAAUAACAUUUGAUAAUUACUAUGUAGAAUCUCAUUGAGUUUUCAACGGUUUGCAAAAAUGUCUUGACCCGUUACCAUUGAAUGUUUUCAUUGUUGUCAUUCAGGCGUCAUGUCCCCGACUUGGGCCUUAGCCUGUUUUGAUAGUUCUUAAGAUGAAAAACAACUCCCUACAUUCAUUCAAAAUCUGAUUUGGAGACAAAUUCAAAGGUCUCAUGAUAAUCAGGCUUUACUUUCUGUCUCAUGGUAUCGGGUUUUUAAAAUGAAUGUGUUGGGAGCUCUGAUUGAUAUCCAACACGCCUUCAAGUUGUCAUUGCUGCAUUGUUAAAUUUCUUUAAGCCAGCUGUCUAAUCAUUCUUCAUACAAUGGCUUCAUCUUCUUCUUGAGCGAUUAUUUUCAGACUCAUCCUUGCAACAAUAAAACAAUAAUGUUCCCACCA